AUGCCUCAUUGUUUUGUGUGGAAAAGAAAAGAACGUGAAUGGCAACCAAGAAGACGUGGUUUUGCUAUAGGCCGUAUGUUUUAUGUGCCACCUGGUACUGGUGAGAUCUUCUAUCUUAGGUGUUUAUUGAAUUUAGUUCGUGGUCCAAUAUCUUUUGAAGAGAUUCGCAAUGUUGAUGGGAUUCAAUAUUCAUGUUUCCGUGAUGCGUGUUAUGCUCGUGGUUUGAUUUGUGAUGAGAAGGAAUAUGUUGAUGCAAUACUUGAAGCAAGCCAUUGGUCCAUUGCCUCAGCUCUUCGCCGUUUAUUCGUGACUUUGUUAACGUCUAAUUGUUUAUGCCAACCUGAAAAAAUUUGGGAUGUUGUUUGGCCACUUUUGUGUGAUGAUGCAGAGUUCAAUCAGCGACGAGAGUUACAAAAUCCAGAUUUAUUAUUAUCAGACGAUGUGAAGAAGGAGUAUGGUUUGCUUGAAUUAGAGAAACUUUUGUCGACAUGGAGUAAGAGUUUGGGUGAUUACCCGUGUAUGCCCGUUCCUGAAUUGUCUAGCUUGGCUAAUUCUCAUAAUCGAUUAUUGUUAGAAGAAUUGGCAUAUGAUUGUGCAUUGCUGAGCAAUGAACAUGAUGACAUGGUAGCAAAGCUAACUACCGAGCAGAGAGAUGUUUACGACACAGUUAUCGGAGCUGUUUUUGGUACAACAGGUGGUUUGUUUUUUGUUUACGGUUAUGGAGGUACUGGGGAGACAUUUGUGUGGCGCACUUUGUCGGCUGCACUUCGAUCACAACGCAAGAUAGUUCUAAAUGUGGCAUCCAGUGGUAUUGCAUCAUUAUUAAUGACUGGAGGGCGCACUACGCAUUCACGAUUUGCAAUACCGAUAAUUGUGAAUGAGGAUUCCACGUGUAAUAUAUCACAAGGGAGUGAUUUAGCUGAACUGAUCAUCAAAUGUAGUUUAAUUAUUUGGGAUGAAGCUCCUAUGAUUCAUAAACACUGUUUUGAAGCAUUAGAUAGAACGAUGCGAGAUUUGUUACGAUUUACAAAUCCAUUGUGUCCUAAUUUACCAUUUGGAGGGAAGACUGUUGUACUAGGAGGUGAUUUUCGCCAAAUAUUGCCAGUGAUACCAAGGGGUGGUAGACAGGAUAUUGUUGGUGCUGCUAUUAAUUCUUCGUAUUUGUGGGCUCAUUGUACGGUUUUGAAAUUGACACAGAAUUUGAGAUUGCAGAGUGUUGGUACUGAUGAUGAAAGGCAAGAGUUAUCUACUUUUGCUAAUUGGAUUGCUUCAAUCGGUGAUGGUGAAGCUGGUGGACCAAAUGAUGGUGACAUGGAGGUUCCCAUUCCCCAUGAGAAUUUGUUACAUACAGAUGGUGAUCCAAUCCGAGGAAUUGUGGAAAGUACAUUUCCUAUGUUUCGAGAACAACAACAUGACAGCUGA